UUUCUUAUCUUGACAGAGUAACUUUUAAAACUAAUAAACAUAGAAUUGAGUGAAAAAAGCAAACACAAAAGUUAUGUGUACCUUAUAUUGUCUUUUUUAUUUAGUUAUAUGCAGUUUAUGGUCAGAUUUGUUACUUCAUUUGGUUGGAGUGCAUACUAAAAUUACAUUUUUCAUUAUUGCAUGUUAUCUUUUGAUUCAUUGAAUCUUGUGAGAAAAAGAUCUUGUUUGUUGCAUAAAUUUGGGUCUACCUAUAUUUUUAUAAAUGGGUUUUGGACUCUCUUAUUUUUCUGAUUAUUGUUUUGUAUGAUCUGAUACCGUAGAGUUAGUUCCUGGGACGGCAGUGCAGCCAGUGCUUUAAUCACCAGAAACUCUCACAUUUCGAGGUGAUAUCUUUCAUAUUGGAUUCUGCCAAAAUGGAUAAUAACUGGAAUUUUAAAACCUUGGGGACUGGUCCGCCGGGAACGAUAAACAGACCACCGGUUAGUACUCCUUUGAGCCGACAAGGAUCACUAUUCUCAUGGACACUAGACCAGAUUCAAAACAACUUAGGAAAAGAUUGUGGGUCAAUGAACAUGGAAGAGUUGCUUAUGAGUAUAUGUAGUGCUGAAGGAACACAGGGCGGUGUGAUUCCAACUAACGGUGUGAACGAGGGAUUACAGAAGCAAGGGUCAAUAACGCUGCCUAGAAUACUUAGCCAAAAAACUGUUGAUGAAGUUUGGAAAUAUAUCACAGAGGAAGAACUCACCAACAAUGAUGGAAGAAGUACAAACAUUCCUCAGAUUCAGAAGCAGCCAACUUUCGGAGAUAUCACUCUGGAAGAAUUUUUAACCCGUGCUGGGGCCGUGGGCAAUAAUAACAGCGGUGGCUACAUUCAUGACCCAUCAUCCAUUUCGGGUAUUCCAAACACAAGUUUGAGUGUGGAGUUUCAGCAGAAACCAUUGGUUUCUAAUGUGUUGGACAGUAUUAAUAUUGUUCCAGGUAAUAGAAUUCUUGGUUCUUAUUUGCAUCCAAAUGUGAAUGGGUCUACGUCAGCAUAUAAACCGCGACAAGAACAACAAAAACAACAUAACCCGUUUCAACCGCAACAACCUAUCAUGUCGAAUCCACAUGGUUAUGGUUACGGAACACACGUCGCAUUUACAAGUGGUCAGGUUAAUGGUCAUGGUAUAAGAGAUAGUUACAUGGAAACUGGAGACCAAAGUCACCAAGACAAUAAAGUUACUUUGGUCCAAAGCGUUGCACCGGUUCCUGGUGGAGCCAUAAGUAGUGUGGACGCAUGUCCUCAAAUUACGCCAUUUCCGGUAUUAGAUGGGAUACCGAAGAUUAAUGCUGGUGGUACAUCAAUAGUAUCACCAUUUCUAGACACCACUACUGGACGUAACAGCGUGAGAGAUAGGAACAGGAACAAGGGCAUUGCCGCGGAGAAGAAAUUAGUGGAGAAAACCCACUGGAGAAAGAUAAAGAACCGUGAAUCAGCAGCACGAUCAAGAGCUCGAAAGCAGAUUCAAACUAUGGAGCUUGAAGCUGAAGCUGAAAAGUUAAGGAAAGAGAAUCAAGAGCUACUAAAAAAGCAGGCAGAAACUAUGUUGGAAUUGCAAACCAAACUGGGGAAAGGGAUAACUAAGAAACGGCUGAGGAGAACGAAAUCAAACAUCCAGUGAUCAAUAGAGGGUCGGAGGAUUAUAAAUUGGUGUGUUCUUAUAUUAUGUUUCUGCUUAUUUAUGACCAAAUUAUCUAUUUAUUAGUCCGUGCGACAUUGUUUUUUUGGUUACCAUUUUGAUGAUCAUAUGAAUAUGAUUGUCAUGGGUUAGGGACCUAUCAAAAGUUUACUAUUUGCCAGAGAAACAAACAAUAACUA